UGUUGUAGAUCACAGUAGGCUCAAGGCCCUCGCCCAUUUUGUUGUGUACUGUUUCACUGUACAUUCUAAUGUAUAUAAUCAGGAGGCAAAAGUAAUAUAAGGUCUUACAAACUCAGAUUAGACAUUUGACCAAAUGUUAUUCUUCCAAUGGAACUUCAAUAACAUUUAGGAACAUGGAAUCUGUUCUGUUCCAUAUUCAUGUAGCAACAGGAUCAAGGUAAAUGGCAUUCAUUUCAUUAGAGCAUUGGCAAUUAAAAUGUAGUCUUAAAUGUUUCAUAAAUUAUCUAAAUAACAAAGAAUCUCUCCAAAUGUACUUUAAAAACUGCGUGAAAAAUUACACCCUGAGUAAAACUGAAGAAACCAAAAUUGUAGACAAGACUUUUCAGCAGAAGGAAGUAUCUUUAAUAGGAGAUAUUGUAAUUGUGAAAAGCCCAAAUGACCCCAAAUCAAAUAUCUGUAAAAGAGUAAUUGGCUUGGAAGGGGAUAAAGUCUGCACAAGCAACCCUUCAGAUUUCCUUAAGAGUCACAGCUAUGUGCCUAAAGGACAUGUUUGGUUAGAAGGUGAUAAUCUCAGGAAUUCUACAGAUUCCAGGUGCUAUGGACCUGUUCCUUACGGACUGAUAAGAGGACGCAUUUGUUUUAAGAUAUGGCCUCUGAAUGACUUUGGAUUUCUACGUGCAAGCCCCAAUGGCCAUAGAUUUCUUGACGAUUAAACCAUUUAAGUGACUAUUGCCAGCUUUCAUAACAUUUUCUACUAAAAUCAAUAGAACUAUUUUUCCUUAGAAUAAACAAAAGUAUUACUUGAC